AUGGCGGCAACUCGCCCUCCCGAAGGCAAGCUGGACACCGACGACGAGCUCACCUUCCAUCCCGACUUCACGACCUCCGUCGACGGCGUCAUCCUCCAGUCCGACGACGGCACGUCCUUCCAGUUCGACCUCGACAUGCUGUGUAUCUGCUCGUCGUUCUUCCGUGACCUCCGCGACAUGCCCCUCAACUCCAGCCAGGCGGGGGUCAAGGUCAUCCCGCUGCCCUCGGCCACGACACCAGGGCUAGCACUCACGCUCAACCUCGUACGCGGGCACAUCCUGCCGUCCCAGCGGCCGCCGACGCCGUGGCCUUCAAACGACACGAUUGACAACCUUCUCGACAUUGUGAGCGCGUACGACCUCCCGCUCGCCGUCGACGCGUUCCUCGUGCGCACGAAGCGCGCCGUGUCCCGCCAGCAGUGCUGCCAGCGCCUCGUGGUCUCGUUCGGGCUCGGAUUCAACAAGCUGCACAGCGACGUGUACGGCAUGGCGGUGCUGCACGGCCUGGAUGACGCCGACGACUGGGUAAAGGGCCACAUUGAGAGCAAUAUACUCUACACCGUGUCGCUCCAACGCCUCAAUGCCGAGCUUCAACGCCUGAUGGCUGACGCCGAGCGGUCCGCGACGCAAGCCCUGCUCGCGACAUUCGCCGACUACAACGCCAUGUGCACGCAGGCAGUUAAAUCCGUCCACAUCGUCUUCCAGUCGGGACUGCUACCUGGCCUGUUGUUGGAGGACCAGGCGUGCUUCCCCGCUCUGGUCACCUCGGCCAUCUUCUCAGGUGAUAGGGCGAGGCCAUCACAGGUGGAGGUGGACGUCGUGUGUGCUCACCUGCGCAACCUUUGGCAGAAGGCGUUGUGCAUGUUCGGUGUUGUGCCCCACACUGGUAGCCUUCUCGAUCUGACUCAUCUAUGA